AUGGUCCCCUUCACCCUUCGUCUAACAACACCCCUCACUACCCUCCUCAAUAUUACUCACCCAAUCCUUCUCGCUGGCAUGGCGCAUUGCUCCACCGCCCCAUUGGCAGCAGCCGUGACCAAUGCCGGCGGUCUAGGUACGAUCGGCGGACUCGGCUACUCGCCCACACAACUCCGCGAAAUGAUUCACGAUCUCAAAUCGCUUCUCAUAAGCCGGGAUCUCCCCUUCGGCGUCGAUCUCGCCCUCCCAGCAGUUGGUGGGACAGCCAGAAAAACGAAUCAUGACUACACCCAAGGCCAAUUAGACGCCCUCAUCGACGUCGUGAUAGAGGAGCAAGCAGCACUGUUCGUCUCUGCUGUGGGCGUGCCGCCAAAACACGUUAUAGAUCGCCUUCACAGUGCAGGAAUACCAGUAAUGAAUAUGGUCGGCCAUCCUCGGCAUGCAGUGAAAGCAUUUGACGAAGGGGUCGACAUCCAUGGCAUUGUCGUCGCGGCGGGCGGUAUCUUCGACGGUCGAGGCCUGGCUGCCGCACUUUUGCUAGGCGCGGAGAGUGUAUGGGUCGGCACCCGCUUCGUGGCGUCAAGUGAAGCGGGGUGCAGUCAGAUGCAUAAAGAGGCUGUUGUGGAUGCGGACUGGCAGGAUACAGUUAGGACGCUGGUGGUCAGUGGGAGGCCAUUGAGGGUGCGGAAGAAUGAGUACAUAAGCGAUUGGGAGGGGAAGGCGGAAGAAGUGAACAGGCUUUGUAAAAAUGGAGUUGUUCCUAUGGAGAAAGAUUUUGAGGAGGGGAAGGACGUGGACUUGCCCUACUUGAUGGGUCAGGUCAGUGCGAUUGUUCGGGAUAUUAGGCCGGCGAGGGAGAUUGUGGAGGGAAUGGCAAGUGAGGCGGUUGAGCAUUUGGGACGAGUGUCGGGCUUCGUCGAGCGGGGAGGAGGGAGCAAGCUGUGA